AUGCCUGCAACAGGGAUUCUCAGUAACAAACAUUCUCAAGAAGAAGUUGAGGUUCAAAACCUUUCUACAGAUAGUGUCCACGACUCUGCUGGGUCUUUACCGGCACAUGAAAAUAACAAAACUGAAAUGUCCAGGACUUCAGAAGGUUCAGACCUUGCAGCAGCUGCCAUCCAGAGUUCAUCUUUGGAUGUCGGUCCAGAACUAAGUUCUAGUAUUCCAGUGACAUUCUCUAAAAUCAACAAGGGUUUUCAGAACACCUUUUCUGCUGUGACUUCUACAUCUUGUGGAGAUGCAAAUGAUGAGACAAAGUUUGAUGUUUGUACUAGUGCGGCUGUAGAAGACUCUCAUGAUUCCACACAAGUUCCCCUGACCGUGUCCAGCUUUGAGAACGAAGCUGAAGUAGAGAAUGAACAGGCUGUUUCCACAGAUGCAGCUGCUGAUGGCACUCAGCUUGUGCAGAACACUGAAUGUGAUGUUGAUAUGGAGUCAGCGUUUAAGCCUGAUCUGGCAGCUCAGGGAGACUGUACAGAAUCUGCUGCCAGUGAUUGCGUUUACUUCAUUCAGACAACAGAUGCUUCUGGGCAGGUGGUCACAUCAGUGAUAGACCCCAACGAUAUUUCCUUAUAUGCCGAUUCUGUGAUAUAUAAACAGUGGUUAAACGCAGACGGGGAGAUUGAAACCACAGUGGUACACGCUGGUAGCAUGGAAGCCACACAGAAUCACACCCAGGGUGAGACUGAUACCCAGCAGCAAGAUGAGCAGCAGAUAAUCUACACUCAUGAUGUCAGCGGGCAGUUGAUUCAGUUAGACCCUGACCAGUACACAAAUGACAUGCCCCCGCCUGGCAAACAGUUUGUAUACAUGCAGGACACCAGUGGACGCAUCAUUCGUACUGUCGUGGAUGCCAGCCAGAAUAUGGUGCCUGGUCAGCAAGUUUACUACACACAGAGCGACGAUGGACAAAUUAUAACAUCUUUGAUGGACUCCUCUACUGCAGCUGCUGGAAGUGAUGGGGAACCGCAAGUGAUGGACAUCGCUGAACAUCAGACCAUGAGUGAUGAGGGUGUCAGUGAGCUUCCGCCGGUGAAUAAUGUGAACAGUACCGACCAACAGCUGAAGGGGGAUGAUGCAGUUGUCACUGACGAGGAACUCAUUGAUGUGGGAACCAGUGACCAUCAGCAGAGUCAUGCGGACAUUGCCAGCCAGCAGAAGUCUGGUGUGGAUACAAAGACGCAGGUUAUAGACAGGGGCGCCAGAUUCAGCAUCGACAACACCAUGAGUGGCUUGAGCAUGUUGGCAGAGCUGUCACACCUGACCUCUGGACAAGUUGUGACCCCAGCAACGGCUGAGGAACUGAAGCUACCACCUGUCAUGGACAGCUGUAGCUCUAUAGAUAUGGAUGGGUUUAGGCCAGUGGCCAAGAUGACCGAGCAGGCUCCUUCCUGCAGGGAAGGACUGGAGUCUGUGAGUUCGGACAUCGCAGAACUGAAAGUCACCGAGGCAGAUUCUGAUAGUCUUGACCAUGGUUCUUUGUCGCAGACAGACAGCGCUGGUCACAGCGAGUCACUGCUGGCCAGAAUUGUAUCCCAGAUAAGUCGGGUCUCACCUAGUUUCUGCAGGGACAACCUGUUCGUGCAGUGGCAGAACCUAGACGCCAUGUGUUGGAUGGACGUCGUCCUCAUCAUGCUAGUCCACUCGCCAUCACUGCGACCACUCUGUGACCUGGACUCAGGCCAUGAGCUGGCUUCAACUUUAUUAGUGACUCUUUUAAAGGCAAAUCGACAAGCGCAGAUUUUGCUGCAGAACCUUCUCAAGAAGCACAGUGGAGCUGUCCUCGGGGAUCUAAACUCUGCUGCCCCAGUUCAGGACCCAAAGACCUCUAAGUUAGUGUGUAAAGAGAACAUGGACGAGAUUGGGAAGGCCAUCAACGUACUUUAUGGCAUGAGAGAGAAGAUCUGGCAGGCGCUACAGCCAAGACUGCGAUGUGAGCGAGGCAAACACAACAGUCCUGUUGCUGGUGCUGCCACUACUGGUGCGAGAGAACCCGACGGUCAAGCAGAUGUUCACCAUGCGUUACAGAUACGUCUUUAA